CAUACCAGAUCCUCCCGGGCUUCCCUCCGCCGCCGCCAACGCAAAGCUCUACGGCGAUGGACGCGGCGGCGCUAGGGGCGGCACCCGCCGCCGGGCCGCCAAACUCGGCCGCGCCCUUAGGGGAUCAGCAGGCGGCAGCGGCGGCUCCCCGGGCGGAGCGGCUCAGCGCCGGGGUGCAGCAGCAGCUGAACCUGGAGGGGAUGCGGGCGCGCGCCGUGGGGCUGUACAAGGCCAUCUCCCGCAUCCUCGAGGACUUCGACGCCAUCGCCCGCACCAAUCCUAACGCCACCCCCAAGUGGCAGGAUGUGCUUGGGCAAUUCUCGAUGGUGAGCAUGGAGCUCUUCAAUAUCGUGGAGGACAUCAAGAAGGUGUCCAAGGUGUUCGUGGUCUAUCCCCGGAACGUUAAUGCUGAAAACGCUGCCAUACUGCCUGUAAUGCUUUCGUCAAAGCUGUUACCUGAGAUGGAAGCUGAAGAAACUACAAAGAGGGAGAAUUUGUUGUCUGGGAUAACAAAUCUACCAGUUCCUGCACAAAUUGAAAAGUUAAAGGCUAGGAUAGAUAUGAUUGGAAGUGCAUGUGAAACUGCUGAGAAAGUAAUUACUGAGUGCCGCAAGACUUAUGGGCUAGGAGCCCGCCAGGGGACAAAUCUUGGUCCUACGCUGGACAAGGCACAGGCUGCAAAGAUACAGGAGCAGGAGGGCCUACUUAGAGCAGCUGUAAAUUAUGGUGAAGGUUUGCGUGUACCGGGAGACCAAAGGCAGUAUUCAUCUCUUCCUAGCCAUUUAGUGGAAGUACUUCCUUUUGGAGACGGUGUGUACCCCAAAAAUACCUCAACAUUUGUACCUAAUGUUGUCAAUGCCCAGGGAAAUCCAAUGCAGCAGGUGUCUGGAGGACAGUUACUUGGCAGACCUGCUCCAUCACCUGGAGCUACAGGAACACCCAAUUUUGAAAAUGUAUCUACUCCUCCAAUGCCGUAUGCAAACUCCCCUAGGUCAGGGACCAAUAUGAUGAACACCCCUUCACCCCAGCAGCAUCUAACGGCACAACAACAUAGGCAAAAACUGAUGCAAACAUCUCAGCAACAGCAGCUACAUACUCAACAGCAGCUAAGACCAUCGGCUGCUGGGAUGCUAGCUCAGAGCACAAUUCCUCAGCUACAAGAUUUACAGGGGCAAUCCCAACAAAAACUACAGGUCCCUACCCAACAGCAGAUGCAGUACAAUCAAGCCUUGUCGCAACAGUAUCAGAAUAGGCAGAUGCAAGCUGCGCGCAUGCAACCCGGCAUGUCCCAGAGUCAACUGAACCAAGGAAAUCAGCUAAGAAGUCAUAUUGGCCAGUUCACUGGAGCUGCAAACAGUGCAAUGUUCACUGCUGCACAGGCAUCUUCGAACUCACAAAUGAUGGCAAAUAUACCUGGGACGAUGCAAUCACAGUCACUUUUGCCACAAAUGCAAACCCUUAAUCAGUACAGUUUGAAUGCCGGGCAUCCUCAAAGGAGCCAUCCAUCACAAAUGCUGACUGACCAAAUGUUUGGUAUGGGAGGCACAAAUACUACUGGCAUCAUGGGAAUGCAGCAGCAGCAGCAGCAAUUUAAUAUGCAAGCAAAUGCUCAGAACCUGCAACAAGGCAUGACAGCCCUCCAGAACCAGACACAAAAUCCAAACUUUGCCCAGCAGAGGCAGCAAAACCAGCAAUGAUUCAAACAAGGAGUGUUUUGCUCGGCCGAGGAAGAAUGUCCUCCUCUUAAGUUGAUACAUGCCAUCAGCAGAGGGCAGAACGUUGUGCGGUUGGCCAAAUAGCGCAGCAGCAACUGUUGCUUUGUUCCUUAUUGCAGGCCAUCACCAAUGGACAUUAGUUUGGUUAUAUCUGCUGGUUAUCCAAUGUUGUGAGAAAAACGGAUAAUCCAUGAAUCAUUUGUUAUUGUAAAUGGAUGUAGAUGUAUCACUCACUAUUAGUGAGAUACUGACUAGACUAGCAGGGGGUCAUUGAAGCUGAAAAGAAAAAAGAAUGAAUUAGGUAGCACUGUAACAUUGUAACAUGAAGUACGGUACUGUUUGAUCCUACUUAACCUGAGUUCAAACAACCUGAGUUAAGAUUGAUCCCGUUUUCCA